AUGAAAAUUAUAAGUAUUUUUUCUUUAACAUUAAAUACAAAUAAUAACCAAUUGUAUAUAAAAUUCUGCUCUGGGAUUAUGAAUACAAGGAAUAAGGAUAAAGAAAAGUAUUAUAAAUUGUGUUUGAAACUUAUAAGAAAUUUAAAUAUAUUUUGUAGUGAAUCAGAAGAUUGCAACACUAAUUCUAUUUAUUGUAUUAACUUAAAUAGCUGGUUAUAUAAAUCAAUAAGAGAACAAGAACUUGAUAGAAAGGAGAUUUAUAGAAUUUUCUAUAUUAUUAGAACUGUUUUGCCCAAAUUAUAUAAAAAGGAUAUGUGUAAAUAUUAUUAUUAUGGUUAUUAUUACUUCGAACCUAUUAAUAUUAUAAAGCUAAAUAUAUUUGAUUCUAACAUGAAAAUUAUUGAAGAAACAUUGAAGAAGUCAACCUAUUCAUAUACAUGCCCAUACCAAAAGUAUGUCAAAGUAGUUGUAGAAAUAUAUAAAAGCAUGGAAGAAAAAUAUUGCAUUAAUAGUAAACCUAAAAAGAAAGCACAUAAAUAUACAAAUAUCUGUUCAAUAUUAAAAAAUUUUAGUAAUUCAUACAAUGAAUAUCUUUAUAAGAAUGAUUUGAUAAAAAAUAAAAUACCAUCAUUAGCAUCUGAUUUUACCCCAAUUGGUAAGUUGCUUCGUUCUAGAAAAAUAUUAAAAACAAGAAGAAAUAUUUUUCAUGAACAUGAAGAAAAAGAAUUACUUUAUAAUAUGCACGAUAAUAUGAAUAUAAAUUUAUAUAAUAAAAAAUAUGAUAUAGCAUAUGCAAAUUUAUGA